AGAGAGAGAAAUCUGUCAAGAAAAGAAGAAAGCGAAGCGCAGUGCCGGGCUGCAUCUUCAUCCCAGCAGACCCCUCCCCUUCCCCCAUAUUUCUCUCCCCCCUUCCUCUCUCUGUCUCCCUGCCAGCUGAUGCUGACUGGAGGUGAAGCGCCUCCUCUGUGCCCUCGUCAUCCCAGCGAGAAAAAAAAAAACCUGGACGGACCCCCCGCAGAUUUGGAAUUGUGACACAGACUAGCCCAUCACUGGGUGACAGCGGAAGGGAAACUGCACAUUUGAAAGAGAACCAAACCGAACCAAACCGAGAGAGAGAGAGAGAGAGAGAGAGCUGAAUAAGACCGUACCCCGGUAACGCAGGGGGGGGGGGGGGAUCGAACAACUUCCAAACGGUCGCGUCCUUUGGAGCCGUCGCCAGCAGAGAGAGAUGGAGUACCCUGACGACUUCCUCCUCGCCGAACUGGGCCACCUGCAGUUCUACAACGACUCGUUCUUCGCCAACAACUUCAACGGCACCUACAAUGAGACCGAAGCGCUGCUUCCGACGGGGGUGAAGGUCACCAUCGUGGUCGUCUACAUGAUCGUCUGCGUCAUCGGCCUGGUGGGAAACUUCCUGGUCAUGUACGUCAUCAUAAGAUACACAAAGAUGAAGACGGCCACUAACAUCUACAUUUUUAACCUGGCUCUGGCUGACUCUUUGUUCCUGGCUACUUUACCUUUCCAGGGCACCGAUGUGUUUCUGGGCUUCUGGCCAUUCGGGAACGCUCUGUGCAAGGCGGUGGUGUCCAUCGACUACUACAACAUGUUCACCAGCACCUUCACCCUGACAGUGAUGAGCAUGGACAGGUACGUGGCGGUCUGCCACCCUGUCAAAGCGCUGGACAUGAGGACUCCUCACAAGGCCAAGGUGGUGAAUAUCUGUGUGUGGGUUUUGGCCUCAGCCUUCGGCGUCCCGGCCAUGGUCCUGGGAAAUGUCGAGGAGGAACAAGAGCAUAACAGCGUUGAGUGCAUCAUGGUUUUACCUGAACCGAGGACUCACUGGGAUCCCGUCUUCGGUACCUGCAUCUUCCUCUUCUCCUUCCUCAUCCCGGUCGCCAUCAUCAGCAUCUGCUACAGCCUGAUGGUCAAGCGUCUGCGCAACGUCCGCAUCUUGUCCGGCUCCAAGGAGAAAGACCGCAACCUGCGUCGCAUCACCAGGAUGGUCCUGGUGGUGGUGGCGGCGUUUGUCGUGUGUUGGACGCCGAUCCAGAUAAUGGUCCUGGCUCAGUCUCUGGGCUUCAACCUGACCAGCUUGUUCACCCUGGUCCUGAUGCACUUCUGCAUCGCCCUCGGCUACGUCAACAGCAGCUUGAAUCCUGUCCUCUACGCUUUCCUGGACGAGAACUUCAAGCGCUGCUUCCGGGAGUUCUGCAAACCCUCUCCGUUCCGCCUCGACACCCAACAGUCGGGCAGAAUGAGGAGCAUCGCCAGGGAGGUGGCGGCCGCUUACAGCUACAAGGCUGAAGGCAGGGGGUCGGGAGGAGGGACGCCGAAUCCAGCAUGACUAGGCGUGGAGCUCCCCUUGGUGGGGGUGGACCCCAAAGAGAGGGGAGAGAACCAGGGGACGGGGAACUCCAACACAGAAUUAACUCAGAUCACAGGUCUAUAGCGGCACGAGCCCCCCCGCCCCCCAACGAGAAGACUGGCUUGGGGUGGGGGGGAGGAGAAUGAGGAGGACGGGGUUGAAAGGAAAAGAAUUUAGGGUGGUGUAAGAAUGAAAAGCAUAGGGUGCUUGUAGGAUAUGGGUGGAGGGGGGUUGAAUACAUUGAAAGAUUUGAUGGGAUGGGUGUGGACAUCUAGGAAGGAGAUGCAAGAAAUGGGAGAGAUUAUUUCUGGAUCCUGGUUCAAGUAAUGAUUAUGCUCAUAACUCAACGGAGCCAGAGUCAAAUGUUUUUGAAUGUAA